CAAAAUAACGACAUUUUGAUUUUAGUUAAUUUAGUUUGUAUAUUUCUAAUAGUAGUUAUAUUCAUUCAGUUAAUACUUUAUACUGAGCUAUGGAAUUUAAAGUUGAAAUUAAGGAAGAGUUGGUUGAAUAUAAUCAAAAAGAUCUAGAGAGCCAGCUAUCCACAUCAAUAGAUCUGGAAAACUUCAAAAAUGAGCUAGAACUAGAAGAUAACUCAGAAAUGGGACCAAAAGCUGAAAUUAAGAAAGAGUUUGCAGCAGAAUGUUCUCAAGAAUAUAGAGAGAAUCAGCUAUGUACAUCCCAAGAUCUUGAAGACUUGGUUAAUAAAGCAGAUGAAGAUAACUCAGGGUUUUCUCAGAACGGAAGGGAAAUCGUAAAAACUGAACUUGAAUGCUCCACAAAUGGACAACUUGAACAACAAAUAAGUGCAAAGACUGAAGAAACAUCAAAAAAUUCUAUUUGUAAAUGCAAAAUUUGUUUUAAGCUAUUUAACCAGGCAGGUUCUUUGAAACGACAUUUAAAAACGCACUCUUCAAAAAAGCUGAACAAGUGCGAAAUUUGUUUAAAGCAGUUUGAUCGAGCAUACGAUUUCAAAUGUCAUUUGAGAGUGCACACUGGAGAAACGCCUUACAAGUGUGAAAUUUGUUUUAAGCAGCUUACAACAAAAAGAAAUUUGAAAACACACUUGAGAGUGCACACUGGUGAAAAGCCUUACAAGUGUGAAAUUUGCUUGAAACAGUUUAGUCAAGGACAUAGUUUGAAAUACCAUUUGAGAGGGCACGCCAGUGAAAAACCUGAGAAGUGUGAAAUUUGUUUUAAGCAGCUUACUACAAAAAGUAAAUUGAAAAUACAUUUGAGAGUGCACACUGGGGAGAAACCUUACAAGUGUGAAAUUUGUUUUAAACAGUUCAGUGUAGCAUAUAAUUUAAAAGCACACUGGAGAGUGCACACUGGAGAAAAGCCUUAUAAGUGUGAAAUUUGUCUUAAACAGUUUAAGCAAAGAAGUUAUUUGAAAGAACAUACGAAAGUUCACACUGGAGAAAGGCCUUAUAAGUGCAAAAUUUGUUUUAAACAGUUUAAUCAAAGAACACAUUUGAAAACACAUGCGAAAGUUCACACCACUGGAGAAAGGUCUUAGACCUGCACAUAUUGAACCCAACCGAGACACAACCUUCGCCAACGCACAGUGGUUCCAAAUGCUGAAAACGUGGUCAUGAGGUAAAAGAAGAAGUUCCUAUUUAGUGAUUUUCAUGCUUACAGUUGUUUUCUCAUACUAUCGUAGAGUCGUAAUACGCAGGUAUAAGGAUCAGAUUGUAUGUAUUGUGGUUCAUAGCUCAGGAACAAGUGUAGCACGUCCGAGGUUAUUUUAGCCGGCAGACAACGUGAAAAAGAACGCGUGUAUUUAAAACGCUGUAAAACCUUUUGUAGUUGACCAAUUUUAUCGCUGUAAAGCAGAUUCUUCUUUUUGAAGUAUGUAGUAAUGUAAGAUGUAAGUUAACUUAAGAUUUAGUAACAAUAAAUGCCUUAAAUUUGUUUAUACAUAAAUAGUGAAAAUAUACUUGAAAUAAUCUAAAUUUUGUAAAAAUACAUUAAAAAAGUACAAAAUUCUGCGACUAAUGUUUAUUAAUCUUAAAAUAUAUAGUAAGAAGAUACAUAAUCACUUUGGUUUAGCUGCCUAUAACUGCCUAUGCAUUGCUGGCAGUUGUUUGAAUACAAAAGUGGGAAAUGACGCAUAGUACAUGAUUCUGGCGAUUGUUGAGUAUGUAUGGAUGGUUGUACAUAUGUUAGUAAUAGGUUUUGGAUAUUGUACUUAAUAAAUACAAUGUAUUGGUAAUCAGCAAUUUCAAAAGUCCCUUAUGAUAUAAAAUUUUAUACAAAUAUGGGUUUAAAAUAAAAUUUUCGAAUUUCUUUCGGCCAUAUUGCGCCAUUUUGUUAAAAAAAAUUGUGAGUGUAAUCAGCCACCUCCAACUAUCAAAAUUGACAAAAAAAAAUUGAGUUUUGAUUGAUAUUUUCAAUUUCUAUUCGCCAUAUUUAUUUUUAUAGCGGAUUAUAUAUGUGUAUUUAUUG